GAAAGUGCAGUUGCUCGUGCCGAGGAAAUGGCUGCUUCAUCUGAGUUUGCUCGGCGGCAAGCAUUUUCUGGAGACCCUAUGAAGAAGGCUCGAGAUUGGAUCAAGAAAGAGGAUUGGGAAAAUGUGUCUUGGGCUUUCGAUGAAAUGAGCUCGCGAAAGAGUUAUUUUGCCAAUAAGACUUCCGAAGAUGUUGAAGAUUUUGUCUUGGAAGUUGUCAAGUUGGUGUUCAAAUCGCCUAAAAAUCUUGCAUUGAAUGCUGCUCGAACAGCUUUUGCUGAGGUGAACUUCCGAUCUGAUUUUGUGACCAAUUUGCUCAAGCGCCACGAGUCUCCUGAACCAAGCCCGAAGAAACCGAAAUCUGCGAAAUCGAGUGAUAUCUUUUUCGAGGCUUUCCAUACUGAAUCGGAUGAAGAUUAUCAGAGGAGGCUCGGCUUUGUGGUUGAAAUGCUGACUAAUUCGAAAUCGGUCGCUGUCGAUUCUGCUGUCUUCUCUUUGCUGUUCGAUCUGAUUAAAGAGUCUCUCGCCAGUUUCUUUAACUUUGGUGAAGUCGUAUCUUCCUUGAGCACUCAGUUUUAUUCAUUUGUAAAAUUCAACGAAAAAGAUGAAUCUCUGACUAUGCGCAUAGUAAAUCUCCUCUUGAAACUCAUCAAAUCUCCAGGGGGAAAGUACAAAAUAACAUCCGCGGACCUGAAGAUGGAUUAUGUAAUUGAAAUGAUGCGCAAUACACACAGUCAUCAUAUUUUGAGAGAAUGCUUGCGUCUUCUAACUGCUGCUGUACGAAUAUCACCGACUAGUGUAACAUCUCAUAUGAUGUCCGUCUUCACGUUCAUGGGUAAUGGACUGCUCCGCAAAGACAAUGAGCUAACUCUUCGAAUCAUCGAAGACACACUGGAAGCACUUUUCCUUGCUGUAUGCGAAGAAGAUGGCAAGGUAGCGUCUAGUAAUAACCUUGCCGAUGCAAAUGAGACUUCGGCUUAUUGA